CGCUAGCUUUUUCAGUUUUAAGUGGCAAAAAUAACACGUACUGCGGACAAUUUCCAUCUAGUUCGUCAUUUGUGGCACCUUACCAACAUGAUAUUAAACUAUGGCGUCCCUUAGUACAUUUCCUACGUUUUAAAAGCAGUUUUUUUUGGUCGGAGGAUGACGCAGGAUUUCUGCAAAGCGUCAAAUUUACAUUGGCUACUGUUGACAUAAUCAGUAAGAAGACGACAAUCCGAGUCACAAGACUUCUUCUGAGCUGCUGCUUUCAGGAUUAGAAGAGAUGGAAAACCCCGGGUACCGCAGCGGCAGCUUUGACACUCUUCAUCACCCCAGUGACGACGAUGAUGACGAGAUGGUGGACAUUGCAGGAGCCACGCUGGACUUCUCCAACGCUGACGACGACCCUCCCCUCAGCUCAGGACCCUAUGAGGAGCCCAGCAGCAGCAGAGCGGCCGGGAUGAACGGGAGCGGCCCCAGCAAACUGGUGGACCCCCUGGAGGAAACGCUUCCCGGGUUGGGGACCUACGAGGACUUCAACACCAUCGACUGGGUCCGAGAGAAGAGCAAGGACCGGGACAGACACAGAGAGAUCACCAAUAAGAGCAGACAGUCGACGGUGGCUCUGCUGCACAGCGUCAGUGAUGCCUUCUCUGGAUGGCUGCUCAUGCUGCUGGUGGGACUCAUGUCAGGUGCUCUCGCCGGCGGCAUCGACAUCGCCGCCCACUGGCUGACGGACAUGAAGGAGGGGAUCUGUCUCGUCGGCUUCUGGUUCAACCACGAGCACUGCUGCUGGACGUCCAACGAGACCACCUUCCAGGAGAGGGACCGCUGCCCCCAGUGGCAGAGCUGGGCCGAGCUCAUCACAGGGACAGCAGAGGGUCCCUUUGCCUACAUAGUGAACUACAUGAUGUAUAUCUUCUGGGCUUUACUCUUCGCCUUCCUGGCCGUGGCGCUGGUCCGGGCCUUCGCUCCGUACGCAUGCGGCUCAGGAAUACCCGAGAUUAAAACCAUCCUGAGUGGCUUCAUCAUCCGCGGCUACCUGGGGAAGUGGACCCUGAUCAUAAAGACCAUCACCCUGGUGUUGGCCGUGUCCUCGGGGCUCAGCUUGGGGAAGGAGGGCCCUCUGGUGCACGUGGCCUGCUGCUGCGCCAACAUCCUGUGUCACCUGUUCACCAAGUACCGCAAGAACGAGGCCAAGCGGAGAGAGGUGUUGUCUGCAGCAGCGGCGGUGGGUGUGUCCGUGGCCUUCGGUGCUCCCAUUGGAGGAGUGCUGUUUAGUUUGGAGGAGGUGAGCUACUACUUCCCUCUGAAGACGCUGUGGCGCUCCUUCUUCGCCGCGCUGGUCGCCGCCUUCACGCUGCGCUCCAUCAACCCGUUCGGGAACAGCCGGCUGGUGCUCUUCUACGUGGAGUUCCACGCCCCCUGGCACCUGGUGGAGCUGGCCCCCUUCAUCCUGCUGGGGAUCUUCGGGGGCCUCUGGGGGGCGCUGUUCAUCAGGGCCAACAUCGCCUGGUGCAGGAGACGUAAAACCACCCGUCUGGGUCACUACCCCGUCAUGGAGGUGCUGGUGGUGACGGCGGUGACGGCGUUGAUCGCCUACCCCAACAGCUACACCCGCAUGAGCGGAGCGGAGCUGAUCGCUGAGCUCUUCAACGACUGCUCGCUGCUCGACUCCUCGCAGCUCUGCGGAUACAAACAGUUGAACAACACAGAGACCGCUGUGGGAAACAGCCUGGCGGACCGGCCCGCAGGAGUGGGUCUGUACACGGCCCUCUGGCAGCUGGCCCUCGCCCUUAUCUUCAAGAUGAUGAUCACCGUGAUCACCUUCGGCAUGAAGGUCCCCUCCGGGCUCUUCAUCCCCAGCAUGGCGGUGGGAGCGAUCGCGGGCCGGCUGCUUGGAGUGGGCAUGGAGCAGCUGGCCUACUACCACCACGACUCGUUCCUCUUCAAAGGGUGGUGCUCCCCGGGGGCCGACUGCAUCACGCCGGGGCUCUACGCCAUGGUGGGCGCCGCCGCGUGCUUAGGUGGUGUGACUCGUAUGACAGUGUCCCUGGUGGUCAUCAUGUUCGAGCUGACGGGGGGGCUGGAGUACAUCGUGCCCCUCAUGGCCGCCACCAUGACCAGCAAAUGGGUGGCGGACGCUUUCGGGAGAGAGGGGAUCUACGAGGCUCACAUCCGGCUGAACGGGUACCCCUUCCUGGAGGCCAAAGAGGAGUUUGAGCACAGCAGCCUGGCGGUGGACGUGAUGCGGCCCCGCAGGGCGGACCCCGCGCUAGCCGUGCUCACGCAGGAGAGCAUGACAGUGGGGGAGGUGGAGACCCUGGUGGAGAACACUCACUACAGCGGCUUCCCUGUGGUCGUCUCCCAGGAGUCUCAGAGGCUGGUGGGAUUCGUACUCAGAAGAGACCUGCUCAUAUCUAUAGAUAACGCCCGGAAGCGUCAGGAGGGCAUCGUCAGCGCCUCUCAGGUUCUCUUCACCGAACACGCUCCGGCUCAGGACCCCGACGGCCCCCCGCCCAUCCGCCUGCGAGGCAUCCUGGACCUGAGCCCCUUCACCGUCACAGACCACACCCCCAUGGACAUCACUGUGGACAUCUUCAGGAAGCUGGGGCUGCGCCAGUGUCUGGUCACACAUAACGGGAGGCUGCUGGGAAUCAUCACCAAGAAAGACAUCCUGAAACACAUGGCGCAGAUCGCCAACAGAGACCCGGACUCCAUCCUCUUCAACUGACCCUCCUGUGUAGAGCAGCGGAGGAGAUUAAACACCAGCUUGGAAAUGAAACGCACCUUUUUUUUGUACCUCUUGAGCUUUCAGAAAGCUUCGGAGCAAAGUAAGUCGAGCUCCAUUUGCACUGGCGACCAGAAAGAACAAUGGACGUUUCUUGUUCCUUUUUUUUCUGGGUAUCAUGGAGGCGUUUUUUGGCUUUUCCCAAAGAGACUGCACAGAAAAACCUUCAGAAAGGAUGACUCAUCCUCGCUCGUUCAGGAGGACGUAGCGCAGAUACACAGGAGAAAUAAGUCAGUGCACACCUGCUCCUUUAUUUGACUUCUUCCAUUCUUUAUUUUCUCCUUUUUGCUAAAGAAAUGUGACUCCAAGAAGCAAAAAAAAACCCCUUAUCUCCUUCACAUUAACAGAGUGUGCAUUUAGUGGGAGUGGGAGGAGAUGAUCUGGGAGUUUUUUGGGGGGCUCCGUGCUGCCCCGCGGCCGUCUCUGCAGGCCCAGACAGAGCGCUCCGAGCUGGACUGAUGGAUGCAUGAACUCACCCCCUUCCUCUCCUCCUUCCCUCCCCCCCUUUUCUCUGAGGGAGCCUCGGGGUGGAUGCAUACAGGAGUGUGAGAAGAGGAUCUCAUACACACACUUUACACUCCAUAAAGACCUUGUGACAGCCUGGGAACCACAAACGACUCCUUAUCCUUUCUUUAUCCAGAACUAUGCAGUGCUGUGUUGCCAGGCAGACUCCGGACGGCAACACGGCAGUUUUACUAUAUAAAACAAUUAAACACAUGCUGAAAAACCAUGUCAUGCCUUACGGAAGGGUGUGUGUGUGUCAAAAAUACAGAGAAUCAUGACACGUAUGUUAAUUUAUGUAUAUGUACAAUUGUUUGUCCCACUAAAUUAUUUCACUGACUUCAA